GUCCGCUUCAAUAAGAAGCUGCACAGAGCUUCAGUAAAACACAGAGUGAAGAAAGUCUGAAGAGAAGCAACAGAGACCAGAGAGACUGAGGUGUCGCUGUUUCUGCCCGUACACUGUGGUAUUUGUUGUAUUUUUGUACCUGUUAACUCUUUGAGACGCGAUGGCAAAGCGAGUGGCCGUCCUCUUGUCCGGCUGUGGCGUCUACGAUGGGACAGAGGUCCACGAGGCGUCUGCGGUCCUCGUGCACCUGAGCCGAGCUGGAGCUAAGGUUCAGAUGUUUGCUCCGAAUAUUCCCCAGAUGCAUGUAGUGAACCACCGUGAGGGGAAGCCCACAGAGGAGACGCGCAGUGUCCUGGAGGAGAGCGCUCGUAUCGCCAGAGGAGAGGUCAGCGAUCUGGCCACGCUGGACGUCUCGGCCUUUGACGCUGCGAUUAUCCCAGGUGGGUUUGGUGUGGCCAAGAACCUGAGCGACUGGGCAGUGAAGAGUAAAGACUGCAGCGUCCAUCCCGACGUGGAGAAGCUCAUUAAGUCCUUUCACAAAGCCGGAAAACCUCUGGGAAUGUGCUGCAUCGCUCCUGUUCUGGCCGUUAAGCUCCUGCCUGCGUGUGAGGUGACUGUGGGCCAGGACAAAGAGUGUGAGAAAUGGCCUUACGCACAAACCGCCGGUGCCGUGAAGUCCCUGGGAUGCAAACACGUGAACAGGGAGGUGGAUGAGGCUCACGUCGACAUGAAAAAUAAACUGGUCACGACCUGCGCCUUCAUGUGCAACGCCCCCGUCCACCAGGUGUUUGACGGAGUGGGCGCCAUGGUCAGAGAGGUGCUCAAACUCGCCUGAGCAGGAAGUACAGAGAGGACGAGCGUGGAACUGCGGCUUUAUUUGAGUUUUGUGUUCACGUUAAAUAAAUUA